GUCGACGAGACGGCCUCCUUCCGUCCUGCCGCCGCCUGCCAGCGCCCUGCCAAAGGCACGCAGGUCUCGGCUGGCGCGCCAAAGUACUCGCUGGUCACGACGCUGGCCGCGGUCGCGCUGGGGGUCGCGCUGGCGGACAGGGUGUUGCUGGUGUGGCUCCCUGAGCUGCUCCACGGGUGGCUCCACGAGUGGCUCCCCGACAAGCCUGGCGACCGCUGGCUGCAGCAGGAGGAGACGGAGCUCCCCGAGCGUCACGUGAAGGCACUGGACGCGACCCGGUGCCCAUCGCCAAGCCAGGUGCUACGGAUGGGACCCGGGCCGCAUGUGCUUGUGCCAAAAUAG